AUGGCUUCUCUGGGUCUGCAGGUGUUGGGCAUCGCCCUCUCUAUCAUAGGAUGGCUGGGCACUUUGAUCACCUGUGCUCUCCCUAUGUGGAGGGUGACAGCCUUCAUCGGGAACAACAUCGUGGUGGCCCAGAUCGUUUGGGAAGGACUAUGGAUGAACUGCGUGGUGCAGAGCACAGGGCAGAUGCAGUGCAAGAUCUAUGACUCCAUGCUGGCCCUUCCUCAGGACCUCCAGGCAGCCAGAGCCCUGGUGGUCAUCGCCAUCAUUGUGGCCCUCCUGGGAGUGCUCAUGGCCAUCAUUGGAGGCAAGUGCACCAACUGCGUGGAAGAUGAGUCUGCCAAGGCUAAGGUCAUGAUCGUCGCUGGCAUCAUCUUCAUCCUGGCCGGAAUCCUCACCUUGAUCCCAGUGUCCUGGUCCGCCAACAACAUCAUCCGAGACUUCUACAAUCCUCUGGUGGUGGAAGCUCAGAAGAGAGAGCUGGGGGCAUCGCUGUACAUUGGCUGGGCGGCCGCUGCCUUGCUCCUCCUGGGCGGUGCCAUGCUGUGCUGCAACUGCCCACCAAGGGACCAGAAGCCUUACUCUGCCAAAUACUCCGCAGCACGAUCUGGACCAGCCAGCAACUACGUGUAA